UGUACAUGGACCGGGGCUCCUCAAUAUCUAAAGAGCAGAAGAAAUGGCAGAUCACAAAUUUGGGAGGAACUAAAGGAACACACAUGAAUCACAGUGAAUUACCAACUACUUAACAUCUGAUUUCCUCAACAUAUCUAGUUAAACAACAGAGACGCUACAUUUUGUUUGACUUUUUGUUGACUUUGAAACCACUUUGGAGAACACGUUGAUUUAGCGGCUGACAUGGCGUUAGCAGGUCUGGAGUUGAUGGGGUUCUUUUUGGGCAUCUUUGGCAUGCUCGGGACCCUGGUGGCCACUCUUCUACCUUACUGGGCGACUUCAGCCUUCAUCGGUCCCAACAUCGUGACAGCGGUGGUCAACAUGAAAGGUCUUUGGAUGGAAUGUGUGUACCAGAGCACUGGCGCCUUUCAGUGUGAGACGUACAACACGAUCCUGGGGCUCACCAUCGAUCUACAGGCAGCCCGAGCUAUGAUGGUCAUCUCCUCAAUAUUUUCAGUUCUAGCUUGUGUAGUGUCCACCAUGGGCAUGCAGUGCACUACAUGUAUGAACGGUUCUUCAGCAAAAUCCAAAGUGGCCGGGGUGGGUGGCUCCCUGUUUCUCCUGGCAGGGCUGAUGUCUUUGAUUCCUGUAUCUUGGAAGACCCAUGAGGUGGUGCAGAACUUCUACAGCACCUUGCCAGCCAGUCUCAAGUUUGAAAUCGGCGAUUGUCUGUAUGUAGGAAUGGCAUCGUCUCUCAUGUCCAUGUUAGGUGGAGGACUGUUGAGUGCGUCUUUUUGCGACGACUCGGAUCGUAGCGGCGGCACCAGGCACCCUUACCCCUACCCUGACCACACGGGGAUGUGGCGCAUGCCAGCGGGGACACCCCAUUCCAUGCCCUUCCAUCCAGUCACUCUACAAAAAGCGGCGAACUCUGGACCUGCCAACAAGAACCAGACAUUGAACAGUCACAACAGCACCAGUACCCAUUCAACUGUGCCAGCCCUGGAUUCCAGAAAAUCGACUCAGCAUAACGCAGCGGCUGGGUACGACGCCACGGGUUACGUGUGAGGAUUUGUGUGAUACUGCAAAUCUGUGCUUUUGGUUUGUACCAUUUCAAGUGAUUAUAACUUGAACCAAUAAAGACUCGUCAAACAAGUAAGAUGGAUUUGGCACAAGCAGAAUACUGAACACAGCUGAAAGAGCAAAUGCCUCCAUUUUAACUGAGAUGGGGCACACAAAAAUAUGUCUUUCUCCAAACGGACUAAAAGUUAGUCAUUUUUGGAGGUUCAAAAUUCAAAACAAUGAUGACCCAGAUAGAUAUGUUUGGCCUAUUUGGUCCUCUUUGCAAACACGCAGAGCUAAUAUUUCACAACGACCUUUCAGCCGGCUGAUCUUGAACAGUGAGCUAAAAGUGCACUUGAACUCUUGUAUUCACACGUAUAGAGAAACAUUGUUUUUAUCAUCAUCGUAUCGUGCAAAUGUUUAUUUUGUCAGAUAUUGUUACAAUUUAGAAAAUUUUGUAAAUUAACGUUUGGGCUGUUUGUCAGUGUGAGGCAUACGCAUAAUCUUUCCUCAUGUGAAGUCUUUGGAAUACUUGUAUUAUUAUUGCAAAAUGCUUUUAAUAUUACUGUCUUCAUAUUAGCCACAAAGAACGCUCUGUACCUAUCAGAGACAAUUUUGGUUGGGGUACGUCAGAGGGGAACAAGCACAAAAGCACAUGUAAUGUUCCUUGCUCAAAAGCACAUACCGUUUGGAUUGUGAAAGCACUCUUGCAAUAGAAUAUAACAAGUAAACAUUGGAAUCUAAUUUUAGAAUUAAAUCAAAUAGGAUAAAAUUGCAAUAGUGAAGGUGAAAUGUCAUAAAGGCACGUAAAUGGAUAUUUCACCCAAAAUUCUUUCACCAUUUAUGCACCUUAGUGUCAGUUCAAACCUGUAUGACUUUCUUUUUUCUAAAGAAUAAAAGAAGAUAUUUGAAAGUUGGUAACCAGACAACACAGAACCCCAUUGACUUCCAUUGUAUGGACACAAAACACCGACAUCGUUUUGCACGUCAGAACGAACAAAUGAUACAUUUAAUUUUGGGUGAACUGGCUUAGAAUUGUUCUGAGAUAUGCAAUGCAAUGCUGAACUAUUUUAUACAUUUUUAAUGACAACUGUUGUGAUGUUAUACCUUGAAACAAGCACACCAGCAGCAUUAGUUUCAUUUAUAUAUAGACUUGGGAAUUAAAAGGUUAGAUUUGAUAUUGGAUCGGAAUUGAAUAGGAUACUUAAAAAUGAAAUUUCAAUUCCUCUUAUCAAUACCUAGUGUGCAUUUCAGAAAUGUGGAUGUGUUAACUUGUGAACUUCUGAUAUCUCAAUAAAAACCCUUUUGAAAAAUAA